GAGCAUUGUGAGUGUGUGAGAGUCUUUCACCAUGCAUCCACCAGCACUGGCAGCAGUAGAGACUACAGACUAGUGCAGGAGGUAGGACCAAGGGCAAGGACAGGUAGAGCCGUGUAGAUCUACGUUUUUAUUUGCGCAGAACCCAGCUAGAGUCUAGAGUGUACUGACCAGCAGUCACCUAGCCAGGUCUGCAGGUGGAAUAGAAGUAACAUAGGUGCAUUUGAGUCGCAGGUGUGCGAAGAUCCGUCUCCGACCCGUCGUUGUACCACCCAACCACCAAGCUAGCUCCGCUGCUCGCGCAGCUGUUAGUCAGUCAUCAAGAACCGCUCUAAAGUGCCGUCAACUAGUAACCUACCUAGUCCCUAGGCGUUUCCCAAGUACAGUGCAGUUUCCUGUGUUGCAGAGCUCAAUCUAUUUUCUUCUCAUCAUGGAUCCGCCCAGCAGCCAGGCUGACUCGAGCCAGUCAAGUCUUGAAGGCGCCGACAACAGCGUGCCCACCAGCCCCGAUUCCUCGGCUGUCUCCCUUUCAUCAGCAACAUCAGAAGAAACAGCGCCAACCGGGAAUCCACAGACUCCCGGCGGCUUUACGAGUAUCACCCUGAGGAAGCUGUUCGUCGGCGGGCUGCCUUUCAGUACAUCCAGCUCGGUUUUGAAAGAGCAUUUCGAUCAGUUCGGUCCCAUUGAAGAAGCCGUGGUCAUCUCGGACCGUGCUUCUGGCAAAUCGAAAGGAUAUGGCUUUGUCAUCAUGAGUAGGGAGGAAGAUGCGACAACCGCCCGUGUCGAGGGGCACCCCGUGAUUGAUGGACGGCGGGCGAACGUCUGCCUGGCCAUCGAAGGGGCAAAGCCCAAGCGAAGCAGAGUCGGGCCAGCAGGGCGUUUUAUGGCGUUUUCUCGCAUGAACUCCUACCCCAGCAGUGCGGUACAGGCACCUAUGGCGACUAUACCUGAGCAGAUGCAGCCGUACUACAUGCAGCCGCAACCUGCCCAGUACCAACAACCUGCCCAGUACCAGCAACCUGCCCAGUACCAGCAACCUGCCCAGUACCAGCAACCUGCCCAGUACCAGCAACCUGCCCAGUGCCAGCGGGGCGCCAUUCAGCCAGUUGCUGCUGCCGUGGCCCCCACGCAGCACAUGGGUACUGUGUACUUUGACUACGCACGGCAGAUCGCAAACAUGCAGCCGGUCAACCCAGCACCCAUGCAUAUGGCUCCCCGGGUGGCAUCGCCUGCGGUGAUACCGUAUCAGCUGCAAAACGGCAAGCUGAGCACAGCUCCCGACAUGGGACCUGCUAAUGGACCGGCAGCAGCAGCACUGCUGCCCACCGCUAUGGGUGCUGCUGGCCUGGCGUACUACCACCCGCAGGGCCCAGUACACCCGCAAGGCCCAGUACACCCGCAAGGCCCAGUACCGGCCAGCCACUACCACAUGGCACCGGCUACUUACAACAUGAUGCCUCCUGCCGCUGGCACCGUCGCUCCUGCAGUCCCUCCUGCAACGAGGGCGCACAUGCAGGUCUACAUCUGAGCGGCGGCUGCCGCGUGUCGUCAAGAGUACAUGACCCUCCCGGGGGAGUGUGCGCAACUCCAGCAUGGGUGGGCUGCUGCCCCCCCCCCCGGCAGAAUUUCACGACGACGUCAAACAGGUGAGCUGCACACUCUCUGGGAGGGUCGCGUACUCUUGGUGUCCAGGUGCCAAUCUGCACCGAAGGAAGUAGAUUAAACAAAAACGUUGACGGAAUGGUGAAAGGUCGCUGCCAUCGUGAAGAACCAAGUUCAUAAAAAACUAAAACUAAAAAAAAAACUAAAAAACCGUUGACGAAUGGUGGAAGGUCGCUACCAUCGUGAAGAACCAAGUUCAUAAAAAACUAAAACAAAAACAAAAACCAUUGACGAAUGGUGGAAGGUCGCUACCAUUGUGAAGAACCAAAUGUAGGAUGAAUGUGCAUUACAUCCCCUCUCGUCUUACCUUUUGCUACCCUUUUACUCAUUUGUUUCUUCUUGAUAUCCACUUUCAGCACAUUUGUCUCUAUUCGUUGUCUAUUUCCCAUGUUUCAAUUACGAGAUACGCCUAAUUUGCAGGGUUCUUGUCGCACUCAACAGAAGAGAACAUUUUCUUUCACUUUCGUACGAGCAGUAGUUCCUCAAAAGUUGCUCCCAGUUCCCCACCCUUGCUCUAGCCUCUUUCACCCAUGGCAAAUACAGGUAUCUUUCUUUGGCGUCCAUAAGACUAUGCUUCUGGUUUCAUUUCCACCUGCACUUCCAGGAUGAUGACUAAGAUAACAGUAAGAUAUUACGCACCCGCCAUGCAAUCCACUGCAAAGUGUUUUGUGUGUCGCACCGUAGCAUGACCAAUAUGAUCACGAUCCGAUCAUCACACUAGUGCAUUUAUUUUUUUGCACCAACGGUGUUGCUUUCUCACCUUCUGUAGUUUGCUUUUGCCCCUGAAAUUAGCUGAAUGCAUGUAUUAUCAACAUAGUCUACAUGUUUGACAUCAUGGGAAGCAGUUCUCUCACUACCAGUGUAGCUCCGUAAUGCCGUAGUUGUUCAAUAGUUGCUGCCAGUUUCCCACCCUUGCUCUAGCCUCUUUCACAUCCUACUUGUAUCGUUCUUCGGCGUCCAUGUGCAUGCUUCUUGUUUCGUUUCCACCUACACCUGCAGGAUCAUGAAUAAGAUAACGCAUGUAUGCUGCCAUCACUUGGAACAUUUCUUUCGCUACUAGAGUAAUGUCGUAAUGCCGUAGUUUUGACGCAACGCACGCCACUGCAAAGUGUUUUGUGUGUUGCACCGUAGCUUAAUCAA